AUGACUUCUCAACUCGAGAUAUUUGUCAGAGCUCUCUCUCGCCUUCUGGGCUGGAUCUACACGCUUUGCUGGUCCGCGUCAUUCUAUCCCCAACCGCUCAACAACUUCCGGCGACGCUCAACCACGGGUCUAGCCAUAGACUUUCCUACAAUCAAUGUUCUAGGUUUCGUCUGCUAUACGAUCUAUACUUCUGCGUUCCUUUGGUCUCCUAUUAUUCGUGAACAAUAUGCCGCCCGCCAUCCUCUCGCACAAGACGCUACGGUGCGCUUUAAUGACUUCGCUUUCGCCAUUCAUGCUGUCGUUCUCAGCGUCAUCUAUUACUCCCAGUUCUGGCCCUUUAUCUGGGGCUUCAAGGUCUCUCGGUAUCAACGGGUUAGCAAACCGGUCGCUGGUCUUUUUUGGGGCUCGAUCGUCGGCGUGGGCGCUGUCGUGGUGAUUGUUCUUGCCAAGAGUCCCAAUGGGGGACUCGAUCCUUUCUCGUGGGCAUGGAUCGAUGUUAUCUACGCCCUCUCAUAUGUGAAACUGAUCAUUACUAUCGUGAAAUACGUACCUCAGGCAUGGGUGAACUAUAAGCGCAAGUCCACCUAUGGCUGGAGUAUUGAAGGGAUUCUCUUCGACUUCUCUGGCGGUAUAUUGUCUCUGGCGCAACUGAUAAUGGACUCGAGUUUCCAAGGUGAUUGGAGCGGCAUCACCGGAAACCCCGCUAAGUUCCUUUUAUCUAACGUGACCAUUUUCUUUGACAUCAUUUUCAUCGUGCAGCACUACAUCCUUUACAAGGAUGCAGAGGAUGAUAAGAAUAAAGGACAGGGUGCAAACGAUAGAACGCCGCUUUUGUCGCAAGCCAACGAUCUGCCGUGA